AUGUCUGUCUGUAUGGACUUGACUUCUUAUGCUCGUGCAACAAAAACCAUUGAACCAAGUCCUGUAUUCUCGAAUAGUCAGGACCACAUGAUGAUAAUAUUGACCGCAACCCUUGAUUCGUGCAUAGUGCUCUCCUCAAGACGUUUACGCAGCGAAUACAUCGUGCAGUGUGCUGCUGCAAGAGGUAUCGAUGUUAUGAUGGAAAUCGAUACACGCGGCCAUGCUGCUAUCAUUGUGGCCACUUACAUUGACUAUGCUGAGAGCUUCGACGCUAGCCAGUGGACAAACUUCACCAACGAGCCCCCUGCUGGCCAGCGUCGUUUUGCAUUCUCAGAGGUCAUGAACUUUGCUGCUUCCUUGCUUAUUGACGUCGCAAAGAUUCUUCCUAGUUGA